AGUAACCAAAGAUAGAAAUGACUUAAUGACGCAAUCUAUUAGCCAAUGACGCGAUCAGAAAGCGACAGUUCGAAUCGUCUGAUUCAUUCUAAAGUGGCAGAAUGUGCCAACUCUGAUGCGGAAACGUUGCCAAAAUCGACGAUUAAAUGGAGUAGGACACUCACAAUCAAAUAUGUAUUUUGUUUUUGAAUAGCUAAUCUCUUUGACCAUGAAGCUGGUUCAUAAAGACAUCGAGAAGGAUAAUGCCGGUCAGGUGACACUAAUACCGGAUGAAGCAGAGGAUAUGUGGCACACCUACAACCUGCUACAGGUGGGCGACAGCCUCAGAGCCUCAACCAUCAGGAAAGUGCAGACGGAGUCCUCCACGGGCAGUGUGGGCAGUUCACGUGUGCGCACCACACUAACUUUAUGUGUGGAGACGAUAGACUUUGAUUCCCAGGCCUGUCAGCUCAGAGUCAAAGGAACAAAUAUCCAGGAGAACCAGUAUGUGAAGAUGGGUGCCUAUCAUACCAUUGAGCUGGAGCUCAACAGGAAAUUCACUCUCGCCAAAAAAGUCUGGGACAGUGUGGUGUUGGACAGAAUUGAGCAGGCAUGUGAUCCCGCUCAAAAAGCAGAUGUGGCUGCUGUCGUGAUGCAAGAAGGUCUGGCCAAUCUGGUUCUCGUAACUCCAGCGAUGACCUUACUCAGGGGGAAGGUUGAGGUCACCAUUCCCCGCAAGAGGAAAGGUAGCUGUGCUCAACAUGACAAGGCAUUGGACCGAUUUUAUGAGGCUGUCAUGCAGGGCAUUCUGAGACACUUCAAUUUUGAUGUGGUGAAGUGUAUUCUGGUGGCCAGUCCAGGCUUUGUGAAAGAUCAGUUCAUCUCGUACCUCUUUAAAGAGGCGGUGAGACAAGACUGCAAAAUUCUUCUGGAGAACAGAUCCAAAUUCAUGGUGGUGCACUCCUCAUCUGGACACAAGUAUUCUCUCAAAGAAGUGCUGUGUGAUCCAGCAGUCACGGCUCGAUUGUCUGACACCAAGGCAGCUGGAGAGGUCAAGGCUUUGGAAGACUUUUACAAGAUGCUUCAACAGGAGCCUGAUCGAGCAUUCUAUGGAUUGGCUCAUGUGGAAAGAGCGAGUGAAGCUUUAGCCAUCGACGUCCUGUUGAUCAGUGACAAACUAUUUAGACAUCAAGACAUAGCCACCCGCAGCCGGUAUGUUCGGCUUGUAGACAGCGUAAAGGAAAAUGGAGGAAAUGUCAGAAUAUUCUCAAGCCUGCAUGUAUCUGGAGAACAGUUGAAUCAGCUGAGUGGAGUGGCGGCCAUCCUGAGGUUCCCCAUCGCUGACGUGUCUGAAGCUGAGGAGGACAGUAGCUCCGAUGAAGACUAACAUUAUGGUCUUGUGCAAAAGGAUCUAGUAUGAAAGGUCGGAAAUUCUUCACAUUUAGGACUAAAUGGAAUAAUAAUACAUAAUGGCCUUAAUAAAGGAUUUGAAAGCAGUUAAAGCAUCACAAAAACGUGGAUAAUUUUGGUUAUUUGUGAUUAUGCAAUUAUAAAAUAAUCUUACUGAAAGUUCAACUUUUCUAUGUACACUACUCGGAAUAACACCCAUUCGUUCCAUUUUUGAAUUUCAUUUUCAGCAGUGAUUGGAGUGCAUUCAGAAAGUGGUUUGCUUAAUAGACCAAUUCUUUGUCAGUGUCACAGUUUACGUCGCACAUAAGUAGUGGCAAACAUACCCAAAUAGUCAAACUCAGUAAAGCAUAAACACAAAGUUGUUUAAUCCAUUUACAAACUUGCAAAAUGCAAAUGCAACUUACCUAGCAACACAGUUGCAAUUUCCAGUCAUUAUGUAGCUUAGAUUUAAUGUAGCUACUUUCUUCGUAGACGACGACUCAUGUCUUACACAUCACUGUCUUGGCAAUACCUCUGAUCACAAUACACGUGUCACACUGACAGCGUUUUGCUGUGUAACAUGCUAACAGCUCUGCCACUAAAACCCAAAGUAUACUUAGUUUUUUAUGAAUACGUUAGGGCAGGGGUGUCCAACCCUGCUCCUGGAGAGCUACCAUCCUGCAGAUUUCAGCUCCAACCCCAAUCAAACACACCUGAACCAGCUAAUCAAGGUGUUGCUUGAUAAUUACAGACAGGUGUGUUGGAGCAGGGUUGGAACUGAAGUCUGCAGGACGGUAGCUCUCCAGGAGCAGGGUUAGACACCGCUGCGUUAGGAUAUGUUUCAGGGUUGCCAAUUCUGGAUAGCAAAACUAGCCCAGUGACCCUAUUCCAAAUGAUCAAAACUCAACUCAAAUUAUGCCACUCGCAUACCUAAAAUACAUAUUUUACAGUCACUGUUAUGCGUUAUAUUCAAUUUCAAAUUGAAAAUCACUAUAUAAAAGUAAUCAUAAACAGUCUGCUUUAAAGGAGCUCACAGGCUUCCUACUAGUGCCCCUCCCUCACAACCCUUCGUCUAGCACAGUUAUAUCAUUUGUAGAAUGUAAAAUGGAUAAAAUAUUUCAAUACAAGCGUUUUAGUCAAAUGCAAUUUGUGCGCUGUCAAACUUUUUCCCCACUGAAAAAAAAACCAACCCAUGGCAACAGUUUAAAAGCCCAAUUCCGUGGGAUAACCACAGACUUGGCAACCCUGAUAUGCAUACAGUGUGCGUGACAUAAAUUUCAUCAUUAGCAUAGUAGUAUGAGCUUACUGUAUACACGCAGCCUGGUUUUUCUAACCAUGCAUAUGCAUUGGUUUGAAAUUUUUUGCACUAAUUAAUUGGUCCUAGUGUUAAUUUCGUUAACAAAUCAAUGACAAAAAUGACUUUUGUUUCUAUUGUUGACGAAUAAAGACAAGACUAAAAUGUAGUUUUAAAAAUAUUUAACUUUACCAAAACCUUUACCUAUUUUCUUCACCAAAAAAGAGGAGAAAUAUAUCAUAAUGUUUUUAUCAAGCCUCCACGAGCUUUCAUGAUUGGGGUUGCCAAAUGUUGAGUUUAAAUCCCCAAAAUCUGAGCUUUUCCUAGAUGAAUACAUUUUCUGCCCUGUGUCUCUUACUUAAUCAUUGCAACCUGGCAACCAUGCUCGCACGCUUUCUCUACACUGUGGAAAAACUUAGGUUGGAGUUCCAUUGUGAUAUUCUGCUCAAAUGAAAGUGUAAUACAGCCAGUCUGUGUUCCUUCAUGAGCCGCUUGUGUUGAUUGCUUUGGCUAAAUCUGCAAUCAAACCUUCUUGGUGAUGAACUGUAAUAAAUCCAAACAUGAAUCUUAACUAUGUUGUUUGCUAGUGUGGUUGCAGAAUAAAUGCACUUGCGCAACCGAUCUGUGACAACACAAAGUCUUAUUGUUUCAAUAGGAAAAACCUAAUUUGGAAUUAAUAAGAAUUUCACUGUUUUAGCUUUUGAGUUUUACUAGUUGUCAUAAUGUAGAGCUUGUUUAUUUAUAUAAUAAAUCAUAUUAAAAAAAUUCAAGGAAAUAGAUGAGUAAAUAAAUAAAAUAAAACACGUGUAUGAACUGA